AUGUCUACCAUAUCAUCGCCGUUAACCACGGCUCACCAACAUGCAUCCAACGCCGAUGAUUUCAUCGCCCAAGGAUUAUUGGUCUCUGCUGCAGAGGAGCACGAGAAAGCAGCAGAAGCGUUUCAGACCUGUAUUGACUCAUCUCACGAUGAAAACGCCAAACGAACACUGCGCAUGCUAUUUAGUGAACACAUUAAGAUCGCGAAGGACCUGAACAGGCGGAUAGAAAAAUUGAAACAGGAUGGUGUGGACCCUUCCUUACCCCAGAAACCUGCGGCUCCCCGUCCCGCACCGGUUCCAACAUACUUUGCUUCCCGACCUUCGUCAUCCCCGCCUCCAACAAACAUUCGAGGUCGGAUGUCAGACUCACAACACACAGUCGAUGAAUCGUUCAUGCUCCUUGGGCAACAGUCAACAGACGCUGGAGACGCUUUCAAUACAUUCUGGAAAGCGAUGGAAGUGCUCGAUCAUUUAUCUCAACCCGUAGCGUUUGCCACAGCAUCUCUUGGCUUGCCGGAGUCUUCGCGUAGAGCAUUGGGGAGGGAAGGAAGCAAUAGCAGCGACACGGACUACGAAGACGUCGGUCGAUCUCGUCGAGCCCGUGCUUCGGGACAAUCUCGGGUCCUAUCGCCUGAUAACUCUUUUGCUACAGCGUAUGAUGGCGAGAUUAGUAGAGAUACUACGAAGUCAACGCGCAUAAAACAGUCUGUCAUCGACCCGCGAAAUGAUUUUGAUGAAAUCGUGGACGAAGACUAUGACUCUUCUGAUUCCUUUUGUAUGAUCCCCUCGAAGUCUGAGGCUUCGCCGUCAAUGCUCAAAAAAGAGAUCGUUUCUCUCAAAUCUGACCUUGAGGCCACCCAAAAGCAGCUAGAAGUCGUUGAACGGCAGCUCGAAAUACGUAAGGAGCAAGAUCAGCAGCUCAGAGAUAACAUUGUCGUCGCACGCAGAGAAGCACAACGGGCCAUGGGUGCAUCGCUUGUGGUCCAGCGGCAAGGGCAAUCUUCGUUUGAUAUCGGAAGUCUGAAUUUGGGUUUGGUUCCGCCCCCACCGCCUAUGCCACCGAUAAAUCCAGGGCGAGAUAGAGAAUUGAUGCGUCGCAUAAAGGAGCUUGAAGAAGAAUUACGAACAGUGCGCGUGGAAAGCGAGAAACAAAAAGCAAUGAUUGCGAAGUUCCGUGAGCGCUGGGACAAGUUGAAGGAGUCAGCGAAGCGCAAGCGGGAAGCGAGGGCUGCUGCUGCUGGUGUACAAAGUGCAAUUGUACAUGAGCGUAUUGACGAAGAACCUGAGGCCGAGGCCGAGGCCGAGCAAGAACAGUAG